GUGAGAUCACCUUGCCAUUCUCCUUCCUUCCAACCAGACAGCGCUCGCCGACCCGCAAUGUCAAGGCAGGAGAAGGACGCCUUGGUGGCGUAUGUCAACUCAUUCAAACUCUCAAAACCCAUCACAGACUUUGCACAGCUCGCAGACGGAAAGGCCUUGAUGGAGGCUAUGAGUGCCGUCGACUCGACACAUUUCAAGGAUGUACCUGCCAGAGGAGUAACCUCCCAAGCCUCUUCUUCGGAGAACUGGGUUCUUCGAAUGAAUUCCUUGAAACGACUUUACCGACUUCUCCUUUCCUUCCCUUUGCCAGCACCUCACCCUUCAUCUCUCUCACUAUCCAGCCUUUCUGAUCCACCAUUCUCCACUAUUGCCAAGACACCGACUAUGAGAGAAGGAGUGCAAGGUCUCCUACAGAUUUGCAGAUUCUGCCUGGCUGCAAGUGUAUGGGCACCAGGGAAUGAGAAGGUUAUCAUGCGUAUCCAGAAGUUAAAAGAAGAGCAUAUGGCAGAGUUGAUGAAAAGUAUUGAGGCAGUCACGGCAACUCUGCCAGCUGAACAUCAAAGACAAGAAAGUGGAUCAUCAUCCUUGAGACCAUCACCUGAUCUUUCCUACUCGCCACCACCGUCAAGCCUUCGAGAAGAACGGGACAAACUCCUGCAAGAGAAUGAUGAUCUUCGAACAAGAUGCGAGCGGAUGAUGGAACAGGUUGCCGACCUGACAUCCAAACUUAAAGAAACGAAAGAAGAGCAUGAAGAUGCGCUAGAGAGAUUAUCGCGUGGUGAAACUCCAGGCGCAGGUUUGAGGGGCAAUCAAGCGGCAGGAGCAAACGAAAUUGAAAGGUUAAAAGUCGAUCUGCUGAAAGCCGAGGAAAGUCUGGCUAAAGCAGAGGAAGACCUCGAAAAGCAAACCACGAGUGUUUCCGAGUUGACGAAGCAGAUUGAACAGUACAAAGCCGAAGCUGCUGAAGCUGGCAAGUUGAAAGAUCAAUUGGAUGAAUACCGACAUACUGCAGAUAGAUUACGGAAAAGCGAAAAUGUGAUCGAAAAGUACCGAAAGAAGCUCGAGGAGAGCGCCAACCUUCGAAGGGAAUUACGCAACUUGGAAGAAGAAAACGCUUCUCUUGUCAACACCAACUCCUCCCUUGAGGCAGACCUCAAGAAAGCCGUAGCGUUCAAAAGCCUUUUUGAUAACUAUAAAUCCCAAAUCGAAUCUUUCGAGAAACAGACAGCCGACCAGGCCACCGAAAUCACUGAGCUGAACCAUCAACUUGAAGUAACCCAACACCAGCUCGAAUCGCUUCAAUCAACGUACGAGCAGCAUCAAGAGGAGUUGCAACUUAGCCAAGAGAAGUUAAGAGAAAUUGAAUUGACCGGUGUUAUAUCUUCGAAUGGCGAAGGGUUAAAGAGAAAUGCGCCAGGAGAUAUGUCGCUGGGUGAUGAACUAGGCGAGCUUCCUGAUAAUGGAGACCGAGAAACCAAGACAGAUCUUCGUUUAAAAAUCAAAUCACUUCAACGUGAACUGUCCGACCUCCAAUCAUCGGCUCCAGUAUCUCAUCGCCUCAUUACUCUUGAAACUCUCCUUGCUGAUGCCAACAAAUCCAAGGAAAGAUACCAGGCUGAUUAUCUCAAGGCGCACAAGGAAGGCCUCAGAUUAUCAGCCACGUUGGAAGCGAUUAGGGAGGGUCGAGGCGGUGAUAACUCGCAAACCUCAGCGGCUCUCAGGCAGAGAUUGGAUGAGGUUCUUGAAGAAAGAGACGCGCUUCUGAGGGAAAGGCAGGAACUAGAGGUCGCCAAAGGAGAAGCCGAGAAAGCUUUGACUGCGGCCAAGGUUGACUUGAGCCUUGUCGGCAAAGAUAAACGUGAUAUUCUUGCUUCUUUGAGAAAAAGCGUAGAAAAGGAUGCGUCCGACCUUGGGAAGGAAGUCAUAGUGCUGAAAGAGCAAAUUGAGGCUUUAAGAGAGAAAGAUCGACAGAACCUUGAAGAGAUCAAGACUCUUUUGAAGGACAAGGUCAACCUUCAAACCGCCAGCAUCGACCAGCGAGAGAGAGCCUUUGAGAAAGAGAAAGAGUUCAGCGAACUCAAAGCUUCUAUGUCUGCAAGCGGCGUACCAGCGGAGACACAACAAAAACUCCUCGGUUUAUACGGACGUAAUACAGAGCUUUCAGCAGAGGUCAAAGCGUUACAAGAUAAGCUUGAUGUCUUAUCAAAGUCAGGUGGUACAUAUGACCAUUCUCCCUUCGAACAAGCUCAAAUCGCCUACGAAAAGCAGAUCACCUCCCUCCAGGCAGAAGUCGCUAAACUUAAAGAAUCCAAGACCGCUCUGAAGAAGCAAUACGAUCUUGAACAGCAACUUAUGCUUACUGCAUGGCAUGAUCUGGGCCAGAAGAUGGUGGGGGGGCAUUUGCAUGUGGCUAUGAAUGGCGCGAAGAGGAGUCAGGCAAAGCCAAUGCCCAAUGGAUGGCUCGGCCGACAGAGAAGGAUACAAGAGAAUGCUGGGUAUGCUAGAACUUAACUAGACGAUGGAGCGAAAGCAAAAGCGAGUUAUAAUAGUACGAGUAGUGUGACUUUGUUAGAUGUCAAUUUCAUUUUUCCAGUUGUCCUCACGGGAUGCAUAAGUUUCUGUCAUUUUA